AUGGUGCGCCUGUUCAAUUCUCCAUCAUCACCACGGGGCGACCGCGAGAAUAUGACCCGCUCCCCGCUCCUUCGCGACCAUCCCUUCUCUUCUCGGCCGGCUAGAUGGAAGGACCAGGAGGUGCAGGCAUUAUGUGGGUUUAUCUUCAGGCUGGUUGCUGUCUUCUCCACCGGACUCUAUGUGUGGUACUGGCUCCUCUCUCUGCAUAAGGUAGAGUGGGCCCUGCUCACACGCAGGAUGCGCUUCACAUGGGCCCAUAUCUCAUACUUUACAGCACGAUACUGUCAUCUCAUAACUGUGCUUACCGUCAUAAUCUCGACAAAUGUCGAACAGAUACUCCUCAAUUGUGGCAGCUCCGCUGUGCUGAAGGUGGCUGCGAUUCUAGGAAAUAUAGCGCUCGCAGCGGCAAGCACAAAUCUUGGCCUCCGCGCAGUCGCAAUGUGGCAAGACAUUCGAUUUAUCAAGAUCGGACUCGCCGUUAUCUGUGCCGUUCACGGGCUCCUUGCAGUCAUCAUGGGUCUGGAAUCCGUGCAAGCAAAAUGGAAUUCGGUGCACAGCGUCUGUAUGGUGUUGACGUCGAAGAGUCAGCCGCAGCUGGUCAGUUUCUACACUUUCACGCUGGCAUGGGACCUGAUCAUCCUCGUGUUCACCCUCGCCGGCAUGUGCCGCCAGAGAUUACCCACCAGGUCUCCGCUGUGGGCGACCAUCGUCUCACAAGGGCUUGGAUAUGUCCUAAUCUCCUGUGCUACAUGUAUACCUAUGAUGAUUAUGGUGUCAUUGAACUUGAACAAUACCAUGAACGUCAUCCUGACGGCGCCUGGAUGCACAAUUUGGUAAGCGAGCAUGUCUACAUGUUCGG